AUGGCGUCCUUUACGGCAAGCUCUGCGGUACGAAACUAUGCAUAUUUUUGCAUAUAAUUUGUGUGAAAUCAAAAUUAUAAAUGUAAAAUGCAUAUCAUAUUUCUUAAAUUAACGCAGGUUCAACAUUGUAAGUGCAAGAGCUCUUGUAGCUUCAAGCAAAAACAAAAUACCAAUCGAGGAUGCCCUUGCAAAGGUUCAAAUAUCGACUGCUCUGCAGCAUGCAAAUGCGGCACUCGUGCUAAACCUUGCAAGAAUAAGGUAAGCUUGAAAAUCAAUUAAUUAUUUUUCUGAUUUGCAAUUUCUUCACUAUAUAUCUGGCGCUUUAUUUCAGAAAGCAGCAGCAAACUCGGAAGGUGAAAGUGGAGGGACACCAACAAACACUAGAGCUGGACGUAUGAAUCAGCAAGGGUUUCGCCUCACUCACGAGCCAAGGGAAACAGAGGAAAGACAAAGGGAAAAAGAAAAUAAGGAUGUGAAGGUAUAA